CCUAGUUGAUAGAGCCGACCCUAAUCAGACCCCCCACUGUCUAGCCGACUGAUCCAUCUGUCGUGCCUAACAGAACACUGUAAAAGCCUGCUUUCUUCUCUCUCCAUGUCUCAUAUAACCUUCAGAACUUGUUUUCACUGUCCACCAGAUUCUCUUUUCUCCCUCUCCCCCCAUAAAAUCCACCCCUUCUCUGUCCCUUCGCUCCAUAUAAGCCGAGCAACAUGAGCAGCAAAGUCUUAAAACAAGGUGCAUACUACUAUAGUUGAAGCCACUUUUGUUUUGGUCUGAAAAUGCCAUCAGAAUCGGGAGAUCAAAGCAGGCGUUUAUGCAAGGUCCUAAACCCGGGAGCCCCACCACCAGAACAAGAGCAGCUACCUUGUCCACGUUGUGACUCCACUAAUACUAAGUUCUGCUACUAUAACAACUAUAAUUUUUCUCAGCCUCGUCAUUUCUGCAAGUCCUGUCGUCGUUACUGGACUCAUGGUGGUACCCUCAGGGACAUCCCUGUUGGCGGUGGCACCAAGAAAAACGCUAAGCGUUCUCGCACCAACACCCAUGCCACCGCCACUACUCAUAAUAACUUCCCAUUACCUGCCACCCCGGUUUUGUUGCCAAUUUCGGCCAACCAAGGAAGUUUUGGUAUUGGUGGAGAGUCGAAAGGCAACGGGGGUGGUAAUGGAAACAUGUGUGGAAGUUUUACCUCCUUGUUGAAUACACAAGGGCCUGGUUUUCUGGCUCUUGGUGGGUUUGGGCUCGGUAUUACUCCAGCACUUGAGGAUGUUGGGUUCGGGCUUGGGAGAGGAAUCUGGGCCUUUUCAGGAAUGGGAGAUGGAGCAGCCGUUGUUGGUGCCAAUGGUGGUGGGGCUGCUGCUGCUACGGGAAUGGGGAACCCAUGGCAGUUUGAAGGUGGAGAAACUGGGUUUGUUGAUGGUGGGGAUUGCUUUUCUUGGCCUGAACUUGCUAUUUCAACCCCAGGAAAUGGGUUCAAGUGAAUCUUCUGUUUUCGGUUCCUCGUCUUUUUCAUGUCUCUUUUUCUUUUUCCUAGCACAAGGUGAAAAGUGCUGAGAGUAAAUUAUUAGCAAUAUCAAAGUAGAGUAGAAAUAGGACUAUGAUAUAUUCUUCUUCUUUUUGAUGACUCAAUGCCAUGUGAUUUGGUUUGUUUAGUCUACCAUUUCUAUCUGUGUAGAGACAUGGCUGAAAUCAAAAUGAUGAGUGCGUAGUUGUUGGUAUUGAUAUGCCCACCUUUUAGUUUGCUCAAAUAUUAGAUAGCACUGUUGUUUAA